AUGGUCUUGCACAUGGUGGUGGUCAGAGACACCCCCCCUCCUCCCUACUACUCUGUUGCUGUCCACACGCAGCCACCCCUCAGGUCUUAUGAAGAGGUGGUGUACGGCUUGGGUCCAGGGAUGAUGCCCCCAACCCAGCCACGUUACAUCCCUCGAUAUCCACCAUCUGUGGCUGUUCCCCAAGUCUCACAGCCCAUCACAAUCCCAAAGAAGAAAAAGGGAUGCUGUGAGAGCAAGAAAAGGUGCAUUGGUGUGUCGGUGUCAGUCCUACUGUUGCUUGCUCUGCUGGGGGUGGCCAUUUGGCUUGGAGUUGUGUACGGCACCAGGAGAGCAACAUCAGCGAUCCACUACGAUGAGCAUGAUGGGAGUGAUGAUUUGAAAACCCAAAGUGCAGUUUUGCCAAAGGACACCUGCCCAAACAAUACUGUCAUAUGUGAUGGAAAAGAGGACUGCCAACAUGGCACUGACGAAGCAUACUGUGUGAGGUUUGGUGAGGGAAACAGUCUGCAGGUCAGAACAGCCACAGAUGGCCGCUUCCUACCAGUGUGUAACCGAGGGUGGGAUGACAAUGAAGCCAAGCAGAUCUGCAAGCAGCAAGGAUUCAGAAACGUCUAUAUGACAGAUACAAUUCAAUCAGAUUCCAUAGGUUUAACACUGAACAACAGUACAAGAUCUGCUCCAAUCCAGGCUCGGGUAAAUGUCAGUUCUCCCUGUCCGAACAAGCAGACUGUCUCCCUGCAGUGUGUGGAUUGUGGUAAGCAGCAGGCCACGUCCCGGAUCAUUGGUGGCACCGUAGCUAAAAUAGGUCAUUGGCCUUGGCAGUUGUCGCUACAGUUCAGAGGAUCCCAUGUCUGCGGAGGAGUCCUGAUCUCCCCUGAUUUUGUGCUUUCUGCUGCCCACUGUUUCCCAAGAGACAACUCUGCGGCUCUAUCCCCUCAGAACUGGAGAGUAUAUGGUGGAACGGUGUCGCUGAACAACCUGCCUGCUCCGUACCUUGUUGAGAAGAUAAUAGUCAAUGAGAACUAUGACACUAAAACAAAUGACCAAGAUGUUGUUCUUCUCAAACUUACAUCCCCAGUCACUUUCAAUGAUAAAGUUCAGCCUGCUUGUCUGCCAGCAUAUAACCAGAACUUUGUCCAAGGAACUCAGUGCUGGACCUCGGGUUUUGGCACCACACAGGCCGGUUCAGGUGUUGUCUCGAAGGAUCUGAUGGAAGUGAGUGUGGACAUCAUUGAUACACGGGUGUGUAACAGUCGUGAUGCUUAUGGAGGUCUAGUGACCAAUAAUAUGCUUUGUGCUGGGAAACUCGAAGGAGGCAAAGACUCCUGUCAGGGUGACAGUGGUGGACCUCUGGUAUGCCAGGGAGAGAGUCGCUUUUACCUGGUGGGGAUUACCAGCUGGGGAGCUGGCUGUGGUGAAAAAAACAAACCCGGGGUUUACACCAGAGUCAGUAGUGUUCUGCCCUGGAUCUACACAAGCAUGCAUAGAGCUAUGGUGUGA